AUGCUUAGGGAUUAUUGUGAAGAAUUGAUGCUGCAAAAUCCAGGUACAACUAUUACUCUUGAUGUUGAGCCAGUGAAUAAUGCAGAUGAGCCAACAAGACAAUUCAGAAGGAUAUAUGUCUGUUUGGGAGCACUUAAACAUGGGUUCAAAGCCUGUUUGAGGGAUUUGGUAGGCUUAGAUGGUGCAUUUAUGAAAGGCCCUUUCCCAGGACAAGUUCUAACAGCUGUGGGUGUUGAUCCAAAUAAUGGGAUAUACCCUAUAGCAUAUGCUAUUGUUGAAACAGAGAAUAGAGAAUCUUGGACAUGGUUUCUUAGAUGUUUGGGACCAGAUCUUGACUUGGAUGAAAGAUGUAAUUUCACAUUCAUAUCAGACAGACAAAAGGGUAUAAUUCAAGCAGUUAGCAAUGUAUUCCCAUCUGCUGAACAUAGAUAUUGCCUCAAACACAUUCAUGAUAACAUGAAACUGUAUUGGAGAGGAAAGGCUUAUAAAUACAUUCUAUGGAGAUGUGCAGUGGCAACCACAGUCCAGCAGUUUGAAAACCAUAUGCAAGAAAUGAAAAACCUUAAUGUGGAUGCCUUUAACUGGUUGAGCAAAAUUCCUCCCAAACACUGGGCAAGGUCACACUUUUCUGUUUUAAACAAAGACUUAGUGAAGGCCAGAGACAAGCCUAUUAUUGCAUGCAUAGAUUUCAUUAGGGAGUAUUUUAUGAAGAGAAUUGUGACUGUACAGAAGGUCAUUGAGAAAAGUAAGGGUCCACUUACACCUGCUGCAACUGAAUUAAUGAAAGUGAUAAUGAAAGAGGCACAUGCUUGCAAGACAAUCUGGAAUGGUGGUGACAAAUACCAAGUUCAUGGACCUUGGGGUGAACAAGUUAUUGUGAAUACCACCACAAUGACUUGUACUUGUCGAAAAUGGAAAAAUUGA